AUGACUAAAAAAUCUCUUUCCUUAGUUUUUGUAGAAGUAACAGCUGAAAAUCUUGAAUCAGUUGAAAUCGUUGAUGGUUCAACUCGUAAACUAGCUGUUAAAUCGAUUGUUCAAAAUUUUUUUCGUGAAACAUUUAUGAUAAUAAUGAAUGUCGAUGAAAUUGCUGCACAUGGUUAUAUUUUAAUGUGUGCUAUAUUAUGUUCAACAGUUAAAGUAAAAGAAUUUAAAUUUCAAGAUUGUCACGUGUAUCCAAUAAUAUUAUCGUGGCAAAGAGAACUAUUAACAGUUGAAGUUCGUUAUUUAUAUCCAAAUAAUAUUCCAUUUUCUGCAUCUCGCAUUAAAAACAAUUAUUUUCAUUUGAAUUUUGCCUUAAAACUUAUUCGACGUUUUCCAUCACUUAGUCAUAGUGAACUUCAAGUAUAUUCGUUUGAUAAUUGUGUAUUUAUUAUUGAUCUAUUUCUCAUUCGUUUCGAACAAUUAUCUUAUCUCAAAAUCUGUUAUGAUCAAGAUACAUUACUUGAUGAUCCUUUUUCACAUGAAUAUAUCAUUACAAAAAGUUAUCAACCAUUUCCCGUUAGUAUUAUUGAUGAACAGAUGGUUAAUGUCAAAAAUAAUGAUCAAGUUAUUGAAAUUUGGUUAUGA